AACCUUCACUCACUCCAGGAAACAGAACACAAAGACAAGCAACAAAAUGAAGCACCUUCUAUUUUUUGGAAUUCUUUUGGCUGCACUCCACACAAGUCAAUCCAUUCCAGAUUUCUGUCACUUGCCCAGUGACGAAGGGGAAGGCACCAGUUUCAUCUAUUCUCUGUUUUACAACGGGUCCAAAGAUGCUUGCUAUCCAUUCCUGUACAAAGGCCAAGGAGGAAAUGGCAACCGCUUUCAAAAUGAGAAAGCGUGCAUAAGAAACUGUUCUGUCAAUGCAGAAAAUAUCUACCCCAUGGAUGAAAGAAAAGCUUGUUUGCUGCCCAAGGCCAUAGGUGAAUGUGGCUUUAACUUAUUAAGCUACUACUACAACUCCCGCUAUGACAAAUGCAAAAAAUUCCUUUGGAGUGGUUGUCUUGGGAACGGUAACAGAUUUCCUACUCAAGAAAUCUGCAAUGCCACGUGCGCUGGCAUCCAUGCUGACGGUGAUGAAGAGGAGGAGGAUGACUCAGACACACCUGUUGCAAUCAUUGUUGGAGUUGGGCUUGCUGUCAUUGUCACGGCUAUCAUCAUAUCUGUGACUGUCCUCGUCGUCCAGUCAAAGAAAAACGGCUCCAAGAAGAAGCCAAAGACUGGAGGGAAAAGUAGAGAACAGCAAGUCGACACACCUCUGCAGACAACUGAAAUGCCUUAGAUCUUCUCCCUGAAAAGCCUUCCUUAUAACAUGUACUGUUUUUAACAGUGUAGGGUUUUUGUGUGUGUGUGUGCGCGCUAAGACCACUAGUCUUGCUCUUAUUCAAAAGAAAAUAACAGAUUGGAAUAUUUCUUCUACUUUUCUCACUAUACAAUUUUCUACUCUAUUUCAUGUUUAAAGGGGUAUCUCUAAAGUUGUAUUAUUUUUUUGGUGUUGUGACAUUCAUUCACUAGACCCAAUUAUUCCAAUUAAGGGUCA